UUUGACAACUUAUAUGUAAAACAAAUGAUAAGUCGACGACGGAUUAUAUCCCGUUCCCUCGAUCCGUGCGAUUAUUUGGAUACCUAUUUGCAACAACUUGACGAUGAAAAUACCGUUUGGUUAACCAAAGAGGAACUCUUUGCGGAUCACAUUCAAGAAGUAUUUAAUAAAUGGGAGCAAAUCGAUGAUGAGAUUUGGGCGAAAGUCAUUUGCAUGAAUGGUAAGCGUCGUAUUGCCAAAGCCUACGCUCGGGCGCCUGUUUUAACCAUUGAUGGAUCACAUGAUGGCUUCGAUGGCUAUCGGAUCGGAUUAAAUGGAUUUGACAAUCCUUUCCUUGACGUCAAAACAGAAGAUGUCAUGCGAUAUAUCGGAAAAGGAUGUCGGAUAAAAAUGGACGAAACGGGAAACAUUGUGAUCAAACGGUACAGUCGAUGCAGUAUUUUUAUAAAGUCAUUUCAAAAUGAAUUUAAUGAGUCGAGUGUUUCCAAUGAAAUCAUCAAAAAUAAUGGUUUACUUGAACUCGAAAAGCCUUAUCUAUUGUUUGAUAUGUCAAAGUUCAAUAACAACGUGACCCGUGAGCUGAGGUCCGCGUAUCCAAACCGCAAGAAACUGGAAAACCAAUGUCUUUUAUGUAUAGCUUUUGUGAGAAAUACACCUAAUAUUCUCGAUCUCCCGGUUUAUGUUAUGAUCAUUAAUAUAGUGGCUUUAGAUUUACUGAAAUCUAAACUAACAUUAAUUCCUCAUACUAUAAGACAAAAUAUUCAUAAAUCGGCGAAAUCUUUAAAUAGAGGAACGACUAAAGUUCCGGAUUGGGUCUCACUUUUUGACAAAUCAGACAAACACUUAGUUGAAGAAAAUCCAUAUUCAUUGCCAGUCAACGGUUCGGUUUAUGAUUUGAAUUAUUACACAAACAACGGAACACUAAUGAAGAAAUCAACUCUAAGGGAACCGAAGCCACCAAAGCUUCCGCCGCGAGAUUUCGGUAAAUAUAAGAAUACGAAAAAACUGAGUGCAAGUCAUAGUCAUAUAGACAUACCGACACCCGAUUACUCUCAAGAUGAAGACUUUUAUACAAUUACUUCUAAAACAUUGAAAAAUAAAUCUUUUCUUAAAAAAGACGAGGAUCCGUAUUAUUGUGGUUUAGAGGCGAGAGUAACCAAUUUUAUGAGACCAGUGGCCACACAGUCCAAGAAAUCAAUGGCUUGGCGUCAAAUGAGAAAAGUGUUUUCAAGCGGUUAUAUCAACACAUUAUUGCCGCCAUUGACUAAAAAGAAAAGAUCCAAAUCAUCAUAUUAUUCAAACUAUAACUCCUCCGAAUCAGAUCCCUAUACAUCACUCAAUGACACCAUAUAUGAGCCCAUCUAUGGUAGGGUAACCUCUAAUAAAUCUAUGCCAUCAACUGUUAGGAGUAAGGCUGGUGUAAACAAUUGGAAUAAUCGCUAUUGA